AUGUCCAAAAAGUUGGUCUGUGUUUUGCUGGUCGUUGUAUUUCUGGCGUUUAUCAUAGAGAGUGAGUGCGCGACCAAAAAGUUUCUCAAAGGCCUACUCAUCGGCGCUUUACUCAGUGGUGGACAUAAGGGCGGCGGCGGUGGCGGAGACUCACACCACGCGUACCAUCACUACUAUCCUCUUUAUUAUAAAGUGCAGACACAGGUUUGGCUGACCAUCAAUCCGUUAGCUGACAAGACUUCUCAGAGACUAAUUGAGAUUAAUUGGAGGAAUGCCCCCAAAUCUAAUCUUAACGAUUGGGUUGGAAUAUUCACAUCUGAUCCCAUUGACAGCACCGGUGCUAUUAGAGUAGUUGAUGUGAACUCCAGAUUAAAUGGAUAUAAUGUGACAGACAUUCAAUUCCCAUACCGAAACUUUGCGACGGGUAAACUGACUCAACAAUGUCUGGGCUAUUAUGUGGCGUAUAUUCACAACAGUAUUGUAUUUGCAAAGAAUUGCAUCAAAAACAAUCCGUUUUGGAUGGAAAACAAUCUGUCAAUAAUUGGUGACAAGAAACUGCCGUCACUGGUCAUACCGGGCACUCAUGACUCCGGCAGUUAUGAGAAAUGGGGGCCAAAAUCUGUCGGC